AUGCCGGAGUUAAAAUUUACCCAGUGGUUCCUCCAAUUCCUACCUCUUAUCGGUUACCACCAUGUCCUCAUGGUAUUCAUUGGCAUUGCUAUAAUAUUACUAUCCCUCCUCCUGGCCGGCUGCUCCUCCUCCUCCCCGGAAAUUCCCACAAUCUUCCUAAUAUCCCUCUUCUACGAAAAAUAUGAGCCAGUCAUUGAUCCCGCCAUCGUCGCGCCAUCCAUCAACAUCGCCAUGAACAACAUCGUCGGCGGCGCACAGGUCGAGGUGCGUGUGGGCUACUUUGGCAUCUGCGUCCAACCCACCGGCGGCGCGUUCAUCUGUAACUCAAACGCCACCGCGCUGGCGGAUAUCUUACAGUCCGAGGAAGAUCCGUUGAAUCUAGUGUGGGUUGCGGCGACGUUUAAGGACGCGGUUGUUUUUCCGUAUUUGAUAAUCGUCGCCAUAAUUCUCGCCUUCUUCUGCUUCCUCCUCCUCGCCACCUUCCCCUCUUGGCACAACGAGGUGGGCGAAAACGGCGAAGACCUCGAGGUGAAGCAGUUUCCCUCCCGGCCCGUCUCGCAGGCGAGUCUAGCGCUGAUUUUCGUUUCGGCGGUAUUUAUCCUCGUAUCCGUGCUGUGGCAGCAUACAGCGUCUGUGGCGGCCAGUACGAUCGCGCAGGAUUUGGGGAAUGGGGUUGUGAGGAGCGGGGUGGGGACGUCGGCGAUGAUACUGGGUUGGUUUGCGUUUGCGUUUCUUGUUAUUGUUACGAUUGAUGCCGUGUAA